GGCAUUUGCUCCCCCCUUUUUUAUUUUAUUUUAUUUUACAAAUGACAACGAUAUUGCCUCCAUUGAAAAUUGUCUAUUAUACCACUUGGUUUAAUUCUCAAAAAUUCAGUGAAGAUUUAAAAUAUGGUCGCGACUGUCCUUUGCCUGAAGGAUAUGCUAUUGAUUAUAGCAAAUCAGAUACAGAUGCAUGGUGUACACUCACAAGUUCUCAUGACGAUCUAGAUACUGCUGCUGGUCUCAUGUUCCAUGCGGUGGAUGCUGUCUCUACACAUAUGCCUCUGCGUAAGUUAGUAUGUUGAUGAUCCAUCAUAUCAAUCAAGAGUAUAGAUAAGCCCAAUCAGCCAUGGAUAUUAGAAUCAUUAGAGACACCCAAUUCAAGCCCCUUUCGAGCAAACACUUAUUCCAUGAGCCAAUAUCAGUAUUUAGCAUCUUAUAAUUUUAAAGCAGCCUUCUUGUUUUCUUAUUUCUCACCUGGUAUUAUGGAUAUAGCCAAUCGACCUUUGCCCAAGGAUUUCAUCAAGACCAAGACAAAAUCAGCGCCUAUUUUAUGGAUUGCUAGAAAUUGCCAUGCCACUAAUGGAAGAGAGAAAUACAUUGAGAAAUUAAUGGAGUAUGUGGAUGUACAUAGUUAUGGUUCUUGUUUAAAUAAUAAGCCAUUCCCCGACAAUAAGUCUCGUAUGGAUCUAUUGGGCGAAUACAAGUUUUAUUUGUCUAUUGAGAAUUCAAACUGUGAUGAUUAUGCCACUGAAAAACUAUUUGAUACGAUGAUGAUGUCUUCUGUGCCUAUUGUAGAUGGCCCACCUACGUAUGAUGGUUAUAUACCCAACAAUCGCUCUGUGAUUUAUAUGGAUGCUUAUCCUGAUCCCAAGGAUUUAGCAGACUAUAUUCAGUAUCUACACAACAAUGAUACAGCCUAUUUAGAAUAUUUAGCCUAUAGAACGCACGCCUUAGACAUGGCACCCAAAGAUCGAUUGGAUCCUGACUUUAUAAGCAAUUGGAGUGAUCCUUCUUUCCAUCAACAGAGAAGUAACUACUGUGCUGUCUGUCGUGGCAUGUUGCCUUGGUGGGCCUAUCAUUCCGACCCUCAUCAGACAGAGACUUACAAAGAUCCUGAUCAAGAAGACUAUGUGCUUGUAGACCAAUCGUGUGCUGCCCCUGGUAAAUGGAAUUAUAUCUUGGAUGGACCUCCUUAUCAUCCACCAUGGACACCUCGACCCAGAGAUGAAUUUACUCGGCCAGGAACUGUAAUACCCGAGACAACCCCAUUGCCCGAGGCAACCUCAUUGCCCGAGACAGAUCACCAUUCAUCUGUCUUGAUAGCCAAUCUCUUGUUUGUCUUGUUCUUUUUUAUGUUUCUAGGUGUCUUGUUUCGACUGUCCAAGAAAGAAUCAAGCCAAUUGCCUGUAUAAGAAAAAAAAAAAAGAGAGCGAGCGGGGGGUAUAUCAUUUAUUAUAAUAAGACAAAGAUUCAAU